UAAAUUUUUUAUUUAUCCAUGGUUUCACAAAAAUUGCUCUAAAAUUUUUUUUUAAAGAUAAUCACGAGCCAAACCAUAUGUCUGAAAGAAUGAGGACGUACCUUCACAACAGAAAUAAAACAAGAAGUGUCUAAGUGAAAUGUCAGAGAAAUUUAGUACUUAAAGAGAUCGGACAUUUCACACUUAAUAACCUAACAUCCUUUCUAUUACAAGGACCCUUUUUCCCUACAUCUGUUUAUGGAAGAAAAUGAAGUUGAGUGUGGUUUGGGAACUGAGCUAGAUUCUUGUGAUCUGUCACAUGCCUGGAUGUUGGGGAAGCAUUUGGAGAAGCUCAUGUGACUGGGACUUAGAUUGGGGAUUUUAAUAAUUGAGACAUAAUGUUCAGCAGGCAUCCCACCAUCUGAGCGUUUUAGCAACAGAGUCACAUGUGAAUCCAUCAGGACUUAUGACAUUGAUUCAUAUGCUGUCAUAAAUAACAAGGAGUGCUUGGGUUUUGGUUACAAUUUUAAAGCCAGUUUCAUCUGAACAUUCCGGGCAUAUGCUCCCUCAGCAAAACAUGUUAAGCUGGGAAACUAUUCCCCUGCCUGCAAGUGGUAACAACUUUUAGCCAGCAAACAUAAAAUACAACUUUGGAGCCUAUGACUUCCUUUACAUUACUCUUUUCUAGCCUUUUGUGUUUAUUCCCUCAUACCAGAGGUGAGGGUCAGACACAAAUUUAAAAACAGUUUUCAGUGUUGGGGAGGUAGGUCAUAACAGGAAAAUGAUAGGAAAAGAUGUAAUCCUCCAAUAGUAUAAUAAGAUAUUAAAGAAAGGAUGGGGGCGACUAGGGCUGUGUUGUUCCAUUUACUCACCGAAAGAGAGGGUAAGCCCCUACUUGAGUAAUAUGUAUUGAGGUUGGUUUUUUUUUUUUUUUUUUUUUGUCUGCCACCAAAGACAGUCAUAUGAGAAUACCUAGCAGCUCUCCACCCUGGCACAUGCACUGCACACACACAAAAACACUGCAAAUCCGCUGCCUCCUUCCCUCCUCCCUAAACCCCCCUUCUCUCAGCAUUUCUAUCCCCGCCUCCUCUUAUCCAAAUUUUCCAGCCGACUGCUGGAGCUGACUUCCGCAAUCCUGAUGGAAUAAAUCUGGCACCCCCAGUCAUCUGCCCACACUUCGCUGCCGAAACCAGGCCAAACAACAGAUUCCCAUCAGCAGGAUGUGGGGACUCAAGGUUCUGCUGCUACCCAUGGUGACCUUUGCUCUGUACCCUGAGGAGAUACUGGAUACCCAGUGGGAGCUAUGGAAGAAGACCCACAGCAAGCAGUAUAAUAGCAAGGUGGAUGAAAUCUCUCGGCGUUUAAUUUGGGAAAAAAACCUGAAGUAUAUUUCUAUCCAUAACCUUGAGGCAUCGCUUGGUGUCCAUACAUAUGAACUGGCCAUGAACCACUUGGGGGAUAUGACCAGUGAAGAGGUGGUUCAGAAGAUGACGGGACUCAAAGUACCCCCUUCUCAUUCCCACAGUAAUGACACCCUUUAUAUCCCAGACUGGGAAGGCAGAGUCCCAGAUUCUGUUGACUAUCGAAAGAAAGGAUAUGUUACUCCUGUCAAAGACCAGGGUGUGUGUGGUUCCUGUUGGGCUUUUAGCUCUGUGGGUGCCCUGGAGGGGCAACUCAAGAAGAAAACUGGCAAACUCUUAAAUCUGAGUCCCCAGAACCUCGUGGAUUGUGUGUCUGAGAAUGAUGGCUGUGGAGGGGGCUACAUGACCAAUGCCUUCCAAUAUGUGCAGAAGAAUCGGGGCAUUGACUCUGAAGAUGCCUACCCAUAUGUGGGAGAGGAUGAAAGUUGUAUGUACAACCCAACAGGCAAGGCAGCUAAAUGCAGAGGAUAUAGAGAGAUUCCUGAGGGGAACGAGAAAGCCCUGAAGAGGGCAGUGGCCAGAGUGGGACCUGUCUCUGUGGGCAUUGAUGCAAGCCUAGCCUCCUUCCAUUUUUAUAGCAAAGGUGUGUAUUACGAUGAAAGCUGCAAUAGUGAUAAUCUGAACCAUGCAGUUUUGGCAGUGGGAUAUGGAAUCCAGAAGGGAAACAAACACUGGAUAGUUAAAAACAGCUGGGGAGAAGCCUGGGGAAUCAAAGGCUACGUCCUCAUGGCUCGGAAUAAGAACAACGCCUGUGGCAUUGCCAACCUGGCCAGCUUCCCGAAGAUGUAAUUCCAGCCAGCCAACCCUGUCCUGCUAUUCCAUUCCUUCUAUGAUGGUGCAAUGUAAUGAUGUACUUUGGAAGGGAGUUAGUGUGCCAUUCUUGAAGCAGAUGUGGUAGUACUGAAAUUGUUUCUUCAGUUUCCCCAUUUGUUUGUAUUUCAAGUGAUCCCUGAUACUUUCCUCCUCUGCACUCAAGUCCUUUUUCAUCAUGGCCACAGCAGGAAUUUCCCUGACAGAUGUGCACUCUUAGGAUAAGAGAUGUGACCACAGCCUGCCCCUGUGGGUUGUCCCGGGGCUGAUGCUGUCCAGAUAGGAGCUAGAGAUUUUCAUGUAGUCUAGAUUCUCAUUUACUGGGAUUAGUUAGCUUUAACCACCCCAGACGACUAGGGUGACCUGACUUCUCAGUUUCCAAAUUCCCUUCUUUUAUAUCCUCAAGGUAGAAAUUUCUAUAUUUUACACUCCAAUUCAUAAAUCUAUUCAUAAGCCUUUGGUACAAGUUUACAUGAUAUAAGAAAUGUGUUUUCUUUUCCCUUCUUUGCAUUUUUGAAAUAAAGUAUUUAUCUCUUGCCUACAAUUUAAUAAAUAGUAUUUAGUACACAUUCA